UGCAGCACCCCCACAUCCCUGCACAAGGGCUGCCCCUGCUCCCCGAUGUGGGGUCAGGGCGGCACCAUCCACAUCCUCAUUCCCCGCCACCUCAGUGUUCCCAGGCUUCCCGCUGUGCCCAGAAUAGGAGGAGUCUCUCGGAACACGAGGCCUGAGGGGACCGAGCUGUGCCAGGGUGGGGAGGUGGUGGCCUGACCGUGUCCCCCCCAGCCAUGAGCCGCCGUGUGGUGCGCCAGAGCAAGUUCCGGCAUGUGUUCGGGCAGCCGGUGAAGGCAGACCAGAUGUACGAGGACAUCCGUGUCUCCAAGGUGACAUGUGACAGCUCCUUCUGCGCUGUCAACCCCAAGUUUGUGGCCAUCAUUGUGGAGUCCGGCGGUGGCGGGGCCUUCAUUGUCCUGCCCCUUGCCAAGACAGGACGGGUGGACAAGAACCACCCGCUGGUCACGGGACACACGGCGCCCGUGCUGGACAUCGACUGGUGUCCCCACAACGACAACGUCAUCGCCAGCGCCUCGGAGGACACCACCGUCAUGGUGUGGCAGAUCCCCGACUAUGUCCCUGUGCGCAACAUCACGGAGCCCGUGGUGACACUGGAGGGACACUCCAAGCGGGUGAGCAUCAUCUCCUGGCACCCCACCGCCCGCAACGUCCUGCUCAGCGCAGGCUGUGACAACCUGGUGAUCCUCUGGAAUGUGGGGACUGGGGAGAUGCUGCUGGCUCUGGAUGACAUGCACACUGACCUCAUCUACAACGUGGGCUGGAACCGCAAUGGCAGCCUCCUCGUCACCACCUGCAAGGACAAGAAGGUCCGUGUCAUCGACCCCCGCAAGCAGCAGAUCAUAGCGGAGAAAACCAAACCGCACGACGGCACCCGCCCCAUCCGCGCCAUCUUCGUGGCCGAUGGCAAGAUCUUCACCACGGGCUUCAGCAGGAUGAGCGAGCGGCAGCUGGGCCUCUGGGACCUGGAGAGGUUUGCCCCCCACGAAGGGCUGAGGCCCGUGCGGGCCAUCUUCACACGGGAAGGACACAUCUUUACCACGGGCUUUACCAGAAUGAGCCAGCGGGAGCUGGGCUUGUGGGACCCGAAUAACUUUGAGGAGCCCAUUGCCCUGCAAGAGAUGGACACGAGCAACGGGGUCCUGCUGCCCUUCUACGACGCCGAUUCCAGCAUUGUCUACCUCUGCGGGAAGGGUGACAGCAGCAUCCGGUACUUUGAGAUCACGGACGAGGCGCCCUACGUGCACUACCUGAACACCUACAGCAGCAAGGAGCCCCAGCGGGGCAUGGGCUUCAUGCCCAAGCGUGGGCUGGAUGUCAGCAAGUGUGAGAUCGCCAGGUUCUUCAAGCUGCACGAGCGCAAGUGCGAGCCCAUUGUCAUGACGGUGCCACGCAAGUCAGACCUCUUCCAGGAUGACCUUUACCCUGACACGCCAGGCCCCGAGCCGGCCCUGGAGGCAGAUGAGUGGCUGUCGGGGAAGGACGCAGAGCCCAUCCUCAUCUCGCUGCGGGAUGGGUACGUCCCCAUCAAGAACCGGGAGCUGAAGGUGGUCAAGAAGAACAUCCUGGACAGCAAACCCCCGCCAGGCCCCCGACGCAGGCACUCCACCUGCGACUCAGACUUCUCUCCAGCCUUGGAGGAGGUGCUGGAGGAGAUCCGUGCCCUGAAGGAGACGGUCCAAGCGCAGGAGAAGCGCAUCUCCGACCUGGAGAACAAACUCUGCCAGUUCACCAACGGCACGGACUAGCGCGGUGGCCACGGCCACGACCACGGGCAGGGCCAGGACUGCCCCGGCCUCCCGGGGAUUAAAGCCGAGUCCCCACCUUG